AUGUCACGUCUUGCACACAGGUUACUUGUGUUUUCUUUUGCUUUGAGACAUACGUUCAUAUCUUCGCGGGGAAACGAAUACUUUUGCGAAAUCGACGAAGAAUAUCUCAUCGACCGGUUCAACUUGACUGGAUUGAACAGUGAAGUGGACUUUUACCAGUAUGCUUUGGAUCUAGUGACGGAUGUGUUUGACCUGGACGCCGAUGAUGACACGAGGGAGCAAAUUGAGAAAUCUGCCCGGCAUCUGUACGGCUUGGUGCAUGCCCGGUAUAUCGUCACCACCCGUGGACUCGCUAAAAUGCUUGAAAAAUACAAAAGCGCCGACUUUGGCAAGUGUCCGCGCGUCAUGUGUGAACAACAUCCCCUCCUACCAAUGGGCCUCACCGAUGUCGCCGGUGUGAAGCCAGUCAAGCUCUACUGCGCCAAAUGCGAAGACAUAUAUAACCCCAAAUCCGCCCGGCACGCCUCAAUUGACGGUGCUUACUUUGGAACUUCUUUUCACAAUAUCCUCUUCCAGGUUUAUCCGUGCUUAAUACCGGAAAAGUCGCUCCGCCGAUACGAACCCAAGGUCUUUGGAUUUCGAGUCCACGCUAGUGCCGCGUUGGCGAGAUGGCAGGAUAGAAAAAGGGAUGAGAUUAAAGCAAGGUUAAGGAGAGUGGGAAUGGAAUGUCAGUAUAUCGAGGACAAGGAGGAGGAGGAAGAGGAUGAAGAAGACGAGGACGAUCUGGGGGAUGAGGGGAUGGCGCUGGAUCCCCAAAGAGCGCAAACCGCAGCCGAUAAUGGCCGGAUGGACGUUGGUGCGUAA